CCAAGAUGCUAGGACCAAACUACACUUCAGUGUCUGAAUUCAUCUUCAUUGGCUUCUCCAACUUCCCAGAGCAGCUCAUGCCUGUCUUCUUUGUGGUGAUCCUACUAAUGUACCUCUUCACACUUCUGGGCAAUCUACUCAUCAUGGCCACCAUCUGGAGUGAACGAAGUCUCCACACACCCAUGUACCUCUUCCUGUGUGCUCUCUCCAUCUCUGAAAUCCUCUAUACCUUGUCUUUCAUCCCACGCAUGCUGGCUGAUCUGCUCUCUACCCAUCACUCCAUCACCUUCCUGGCUUGUGCCAACCAGAUGUUCUUCUCCUUCAUGUUUGGCUUCACCCACUCCUUGCUGCUCACCAUCAUGGGCUAUGACCGCUAUGUGGCAAUCUGUCACCCACUACACUACAAUGUGCUUAUGAGCCCCCGGGGAUGUGCCUUCUGGGUGGCUGGGUCCUGGGCUGGGGGCUCAGCUGUUGGGCUGGUAGUGACAACCUCCAUUUUCCACCUCCCUUUCUGUGGACCCAAUCAGAUCCAACAUUUUUUAUGUCAUGUGCCCCCUAUGUUGAAGCUGGCCUGUGGAAGUGAUGUGCCAGCUGUGGCCCUGGGUGUAGGUCUGGUGUGCAUCACAGCUCUCCUGGGAUGCUUUCUGCUUAUCCUCCUCUCCUAUGCCUUCAUCGUGGCUGCCAUCUUGAAGAUUCCAUCAGCUGAGGGUCGGCACAAGGCUUUUUCCACCUGUGCAUCCCACCUCACAGUGGUGAUUGUGCACUAUGGCUUUGCCUCUGUCAUCUACCUCAAGCCCAAGGGCCCGCACUUUGAGGAAGGUGAUACUCUCAUGGCCACCACCUACACGGUCCUCACCCCCUUCCUCAGCCCCAUCAUCUUCAGUCUCAGGAACAAGGAGCUAAAGAAUGCCAUGAAGAAGGCCUUCCUCACAAAAGUCUGUCCCUCAAACACCUGA